AUGUCCAGCCCCAACUCAAUCUACUCUUUCGUGUGCCCUGACAAGAUUCAAGACGAGUUAGCAAAUGAAGUCUGUUGGCUCUGUAACUCAUUCAGCAGCCCCAUGUCUACUCCUAAAACCAACCCGAUCAGGCUCAUACAUACUCCUAAAACUACGCCACCUUCUUCAAGAAGUCAAAAACGUCUGGGAUUGGAUCCUCAAGGCAGAUUAAUGACCCACCGCAGGAAGUCCCAGCUGGAUCAAGCACAACGCAAGGUCAAGGCAUCAAUACAGAACAAGAGGCGUUCUGAAUUUCGACAGCUUCGGGAAGCUUUGUAUCUCAUCUCGACUUACUCAGGUCCUUACCUACAUUCACCGGAGGAGAAAAAGAAGGCAGCUAAGUAUCUUCGUACCCAGAAUCUUGGUGCAGAAUUUGUGGAAGAAUUGGAUGACAAUGUCAGGUGGGAAUGGCUCCACAGCCAGGAAGGCACUCUGGCCAACUAUGAGAUAAAAAAAUCCAUGGCAACCCUAAUUACUCUUGAUCAAACCACAGGCAUAGCAACACCACAAAAAAUUGAAAUCUCUUACCGUGAACACAUUGCUAAGGAUCUCUUAUUCAAGAUUUUUGAAACCAAGGACCUGGGACCAGUGAGUUAUUCGGCUUUCCACACUGGGUACAUUAUGUCACAUGACAAAGCCCAUUCUGCAGUCAAGGGCAUUUGGACUGAUUGA